AUGGAAUUCAAUACCGAUUCGUUCGGCGUCACCCGACCUCCUUCGGAAAGCUUGCCAGAAAGAGGUAAGUUGCUCAAAUUGGAAUCGGAAUUACAACCCAAUUUGGGAUCUAAACCUCAACCGGAAUCGGAAUUACAACCCAAUUUGGAACCUAAACCUCAACCGGAAUCCAAAUUACAACCCAAUUUGGAACGUAAACCUAGACUGGAAUAUCUUCUGAGUUCCAAACCAAUGAAAAAGCUUAAGAUGAGUGAUUUCUCUAUGUAUGACGAUGAGCCCGAGCCUUUCAUGUUUAUGCACCGACGCUUUGUGUAUAAGAAUAAGGCUCAGAUUAAACUAGAUGAGGAAAUUAAAGUCGCCAUGGAUGACCAUAGAGAACGCUCUCGCAACCUAAGUCCUUUUGAUGCUAUCGGCCGCCCAAAAAUAUCAGAUACAUGUGGUGGUGGUCCACGACCCAUUCCUAUAACCGAAAGUGUUCGUCUUGAACUCACUCCCCUCUGCAAGCUUGCUUUAGACAAAUACAAUGCUGACAAGGAUACACAUUUUGUGUUUGCUGACAUUGUCAAGAGUACUUGGUGCCCUGGUGCCAUGUAUUACAUUACCUUUCUAGCACAAGAUUCUUCCAACAACAACAACAACACUUCUCUUACAACUUUUCAGGCCCAAGUCUCCAAUCGGAGGCCCGCGCCUAAGGUCUACUCGUAUGCCAUUAAAACCUAG